GAGAGAGAGAUGGUCUAGUGACUCGUGUUGGGCUCCUAUCCAACAUUUUAGACGAGAGGGGAUGUUUGGAACAAAACGAAUCAUGAUAUUCUAAAGCAGGGGUGUCGGCUUAUGUUCCACUCAUACUACCAAUAUUUUCUUUUCUCCAUUUCCUUUCCUCCCUUUUUCUCCCUCCCUCUCCCUCUCUCUCUCUCUCUCUCUCUCUCUCUCUCUGCAUAAACUUCUUGGAAAUAUGGAUAAAAAUGAAGGGAAAUCUACAAAAGACGAAAACAAGAGAAGGUUUAAGAGAAUUUGUGUCUUCUGUGGUAGCAGAGCAGGAUACAAGUCAGCUUUUAGUGAUGCAGCUCUUGAGCUUGGCAAACAGAUGGUGGAGAGAAAGAUAAAUUUGGUUUAUGGUGGAGGGAGUUUUGGUCUAAUGGGGUUGAUCUCUAGAACUGUUUUUGAUGGUGGUUGCCAUGUUUUUGGGUAUAUUUCAAAAUUUUGCCACAAUAAUCUAUGGUUUUGUUUUAUAUAUAUAUUUAGGUUAACUAACAAAAUUUACAUAUAUAUCUUCAUCUUUUUCUUGUAUAGAGUAAUUCCUAAAGCUCUUUUGCCGCAUGAGAUAUCAGGAGAGACCAUUGGAGAAGUUAAAACAGUUGCAGACAUGCACCAGAGGAAGUCAGAGAUGGCAAAAAAUGCAGAUGCUUUCAUAGCACUUCCCGGGGGAUAUGGAACAAUGGAAGAAUUAUUGGAGAUGAUAACUUGGUCUCAGUUGGGAAUUCAUGAGAAACCAGUGGGGCUGUUAAAUGUAGAUGGGUACUAUAAUAGCUUGCUUGCAUUAUUUGAUAAAGGAGUGGAGGAAGGUUUCAUAGAAGAUUCAGCAAGACAUAUUGUGCUCUCAGCUGAUACGGCAGAGGAGUUAAUCAAGAAAAUGGAGGAGUAUGCCCCAAUACAUGACAGAGUUGCGCCCAGAGAAAGUUGGGAAGUGGACCAAUUAUUAGAGUCUACCAGAAGUGGAGAGGACCUAAGAACUUAGAUUUUAAUCACCUUGUAUGUAUAUGUUUGUGUGUGUAUAUAUAUAUAUAUAUAUGUAUGUAUGUAUAUAACAUCUUUGUUGGUUAAGUUGGUUCAGUUCCAUUUUAAUCAGAAGAAAAAGACAGCCAAGAGGUAUUCUUCCAAUCUCUCUCUCUCUCUCUCACACACACACACUUGGUGGGUUAGUCUGUAAAGAUUCCAUGUCUUAAUCACCCACUAGUUUGAAAUUUCUAUAUAAAUCAAUUGAAAGUACUUGAUAUUACUUUUGUUAAUUGUUUCUCCAUCUAUGUAUUGGCCAUUGACCAUGUCAAAGGAGCAUUUUUUGUGAGUUGGGACAAGGUGGGCUGUGAAAAAGUUAAGAAAAUGAUAGAUUGCUCUUUUCAUGUUGUUUUAUUUUUUUUUCUUUGGAUUAAAGUCUUGAGAGGUUAAUUAAGUGCUAUGUCCAUUAUAAUCCCCUUUUAUUAUUUUCUUGUGGUGUGGCCUUGUGGGGGCAUUUGCCUACUAGACUCUGAUGCAUGGAUGGAGCCUUUAGAUUUUGGCUUGAUUGCCCACUGACCAAUGCUGGACCCCACAGUACAAUUGUCCCCACAACUGGCUUUUUCCUCCUACAUUGACAGUGCAACCAGAUAUUAUUGUCAUUUGUCAAGGCAUUUCUCUCCCAUGUGAAGUUGGGAAGAUGGUCCAAUACGUAUCCAAAUUGGUAUUUUAUUCUUUCAACUACGUAUGCAUGUGUGUAAUCAUGGGUUGUAGUUAAAAGAUCCGUGUGAGAUAUAAUAUUGUUAUCGAUAAAUUUUGGUGUCAAAAUGGGUCCGGCUGAUUUUUAAUUUUUGUUUUAACUUUGAAUUUCAAUAUCAGAAGCAGAACAACUAGUGAAUUAGUAUGCGUUUACUUUUUGAUUCGUAUGUUAGGGAAUGUAAUGAUAUGUUGGUGAGGCACUUUAAUUUUAUUAAGUUCUGGUGUUAGGCACUUAGAAAAAUUUCGCAGCUUGAUUUUUCAAAGUGCACUGCCACAUUGGAACCAGUCGCGGUUUAACACAACCGGUUGCAGUCCUUGUUUGCCAAAUUUUGUUUUUUGAAGAAAAUCUCACUGGCAUAGAGAAACUGGUCGCGUGUCAAUGGAGCCAGUUGCACUAUUGGUUUUCAAAAUAAGUUUUUGAACUUUAACACAGUGGUCAAGUGGAACCAAUUGCGCCUAAAUGGAACCGGUUGAGUUACCCUGAAACCAAUAUGGUAAUUGCAAUUAUAUUCCAAUUAGGACUCUUUUUUUAUCAGAAUUUUGGGAGACUUUUAUGCAUGAAUUAAACUUGUUUUCCAAAUGUUUUUAGGUCUUCAAAAAAACUAUCUAAAUACCUUGUCUCAGGAUUUUCUAUGGCUUUUACACAUAAUUUUUUACAAUUUUUAGAGAGCCAAGUUUGUGAGAUUUUUUGAGUGUUUAUUUUUAUUUUUAUUUUUAUUUUUUUCCUAAAUGGAUGAAAAUUUUAUAGAUACAAACAAUAUAGUACAAGAGGAGAAGUGAGGGCAUACCCUCACAAACAACACGAACUCCUUAGAGACAAAUAACUAGAACCCUGGGCAUACAAGGAAGAGAACCAGUUACAGAAUGUCUUCGAGACAUACCCCCAUUACAUCCAUUACUUCUCACAUAAUAUGCUUAACCAAAAUUCUAGAAUCCCUAAUAAUAUCAUAAUGUUGCCUCGCAUUCCUUUCCAUCCAUAGAAUUUAAUUGUUUAUUUUUUAUUUUUUUAUUUUUCAUAAUUGAGUUUGUACAUAUUAUACACACGAGUGAUUUAGGAUAUUGUUUUCUAUUUGAUCAGAGUCCAAAUAAUUGAAAGUACAUUGAUAUCGUUAAGAAAAAGUAGAGCUUCUAUUAUUCUUCAUCAAAAUCAGAUUUGAAGAAAGUGAGGAAGCGAUCGCACUUUGAAGGGGUCAAAGUAUUUGCAGAGUGUUGUUUGAUCUACAAUAAUCAAAGGAGUAAACCUAAAGUCAAGAGCUGUUGAAUGGGGGAGUCGAAAGCCAAAGACGAUCAACAAUUAUUGGUUCUUGGUAGAGUGAGAAGGAGUGAGUCUGAGUCGAAGUUCAUUGUACUUUGCUUCAUACAUAGUGGAUCAUUUUGCUUGGGACAGCGUGAAAGUCUCUGAGAUUUUUCCAAUUGGUUUUCCUUGUUAAAAAUUGCAGUGUAUCUUAAACUUUACUCUACAUUCCUUACACUUAUUCUU